UUGAUAGUAUUUCUGUUGGCGUAAAAAUCAAAUGGAGGUCUGCUUCAUGCAGUGCGUUGAAACACAAGCACCCAAAUAUCUGGUUAUAGGUGUAAUGGAAGUGAUAACACAGCUGACCAGUAGCGAAGUUGCGUUUGCAGUGAGAAUGCCACAUUGUCUUGGCAGCAGGGUUUGUUAUCUGGCUGUGAUAAAAGCAUGUUUUAUCAGCGAGCAGUAAAGACCUUCAACUGGAUCAGGUGGACACGUCUUGAAAUGCAAAGAUAACGGAACUCCCGGACGGGCCGGCUCACACUGCGGCUGUUCGGUUGUGAGUUCGCACGGAGAUGUGGGACUUCUUCUUGGGUCUGGCUGUGCUCACGGUAGCCUGGGUCUUCACCGCAUCGCGCAAGGAGAAAGCAAGAGCUCCAAUGUCCAAUACCAACCUUGGCAGCAACGCCUCGCAGGAUAUGUCGUCACUGAGUGCAAGUCAGGGAAGGGAGACCGGACAUGACUCUGAGUCUGCGCGGGUAGUCGAGGAUCUGAAGCAGUCGUUGGUGGAAAACUUCAAGACCAUCAAGCUGCUUGAGAAGAAGCUCACCGAGAAGGAUCAGACGAUCAGGGACUACGAGACCGGCCGGGCGCAGCAGUCGAGCCUCAUCGAGGAGUUGCGGGAGAACUUGGCCGUUAUGACGGAGACCAUGGCGUUGCUGCAGGCGAAGCCUCAGAUCGGACUCAUGGCCUUGGGCCAUCCUCCGAGGCCGGUCCGGUUACCCCUGGACGGGCAGGAACCAGCCCACAAAACCAUCAGCAGGGGGCAGAGCCUAACUGAACCCGGACUGAUAGUGCCCGAGUACCGCGGGGAGAGCGGGGAGAAAGUACUCAGGUCUGACAGCUCCCCUCACGAAGAGUCCCAGGUUGUAGAGCAGUACAAGCAGAAGAUAGCCAGGCAAGCCCUGGCUGUUUGUGAACUCAGUGAAAGUUUGGCAGAGAACGUGCAGACUGUUAAGAAACUCAAGGUGGAGCUGGAAGAAAAGAACGAAAGUAUACAAAGUUUAAAGGAGAGCAGCGAAAAUCAGGCUUUGGUGAUAGACGAACUCAAGGCCAGCUUGGCCAACUAUCUGAAAGAAGUAGAGCAAGCAGGUUCUGUAAAAGAGUAUGAAAACAACGUGUUGAGUGAGCUAAAUGCAAAACUUGAAGAUAAAGAAAAAACUGUGAAAGAUUUAGAAAAGAGGAGGCAGGAGAUGGAAAACGUGGUUGAGGGACUAAGGGACAAUUUGUCAGAGGAAUCACAAAAAAAUCAGGUUCUUCACAAUGAGGUGAUUAAGCUAUCGUUGGCUCUGGAAAAACUGGAAGCAGCAGUGAAGAAGGAGCAGACUCAAACAAUUGAUGGGCAGGUAGAAGCAGAAACAUCCGAGAUGAUAGCAAAACUGGAAGAAGAGUUGGACCAAAAAGUUAUUGCAGUCCGUGUGUUACAAGAAGAGCGAGAAAAAUGCUUGGAUCUGAUCACAGAGCUAAAGCACAAUUUGGAAAACACAUCUAGUGAACUUAGUGAAGCAAAUUUUGAGUUAAAAGAGAAUUGUGCUUAUAUCACAGAGCUGGAGCAAACAAAAAAAAGGCUGGAAAAACUUAACGAAGAGCUAAUAUCAUCAUCGCAAAACCCUCACAUGACCAAUGAGCUGACAGAAAAACUAAAACUUCAAAAUGAAAGAGUAAAAGAACUCCUGGAAAAAAAUUCAGAAGCAGAAAUUGAAUUAAAGAAUUUGAAUGAAAAACUGAUUUUCAGCCUUGAAGAAAUUGAAAGGUUCGAAAAAAAAGAACAGGAUUUACAUUUGAGGUUGGAACAUGCUGGCUCUGUAACGCAAGAACACGAAGAAUUAUCUAAGACAUUGCAAAUGAGACUUGACGAACAGGCUCUUAUCAUAGACGAUCUCCGACCGCAGAUCUUAGAACUACAGCAUAAACACGGAGAGGAAAUAGCAGAGAAGCAAGAUCUGGUACAGAGUCUGAGGUAUGAACGGGAAUUGGCUUCGGAGAGAAGUGCGAACCUGGAGGCAGAAGUCAAGGAUAACCUCCAAGUAAUUCAGGAACUGCAGUUGGAGAGAGAGCACCAGAUAAGGAUCAAUGAAGAACUGAAGGAGGAGUUGACUCAGCAGGCCAGCAUCGUGCAGGGGCUACAAGAUGAUCUGGCGCGCAUCACCCAGGACAGUGUGACCGUCACACUCGGACACAUUGCGGUCCAGGACUUCCAGAGUGUCAUGAAGAGACUUAACAAGUCGGACAAAGAAGAUGUAACCUACACUCUGGAAGACGUUGAACGCAGCUUUAACAUCAAGGAAGACACCAUCACAAAACUGACCGAGGAAAAAAACAGCAUGCUGUCGAGAAUUCAGGAUCUGGAAGAUGAACUGCGGGAAGCGAAGAACAGGGCCGUAGCUCGUGGUUCAGAUUCGGAGCUGGAAGCAUGCAAGUUGACGAUAAGCGAACAGGAGGAGAGGCUGAGGGCCAACGACCGGAGCAUGGAGGAACUGAGGGGCCAGCUGUCUGCUCUCAAGCGCCUGCAAGACGCGCUCUCCUCGGAUGAGGACGUACAGAAGUUGGAGGCAAAGCUCCACUUGUACCGGGACAAACUGAGCAUCGAGGAGCGCAAGGUGAAGGAGUAUGAGAAACAGCUGCUGGCCCAGGAGUUUGUGUUGAAGGAGGGGAACAGGGAGAGGGCGGGGCUGUCGCGGGAGGUGGAGGAACUGCGGAGAGCGGUGCAGGACGGAGAGAGCAGGGUCGCCAACCUGACGGGGAAGCUGGAGCGGGCGAUGCAGGGGAGCGACGCGGGGCUGCCGAAGGAGGUGGAGGAACUGCGGAGAGCGGUGCAGGACGGAGAGAGCAGGGUCGCCAACCUGACAGAGCAGCUGGAGCGGGCAACACAGGAGAGCGAUGCACAGAGGCAGCAGGCGUCCAGGGCAGAGGAGCUGGCGGCCGAGUGUGUUGCGAAGGGAGAUACCAUCGCACGUCUUCAGAAGAAGAUGGAAGGUCUAGAGAAUCAACUGAGAGACUCUCAGAGCGCUAGAAACACUGUCGAACUGCUGGAAGAUCAGAUGGCACGCAGGCUUGAGAAGAUACAGCAGCUUCAGAAAACAGAAGACAUGCACGUGAAAACCAUCGCGUCCUUGGAAAUUGAAAACAAACUUCUGUGUGAACAGCUCAGCGACUUAAGGAGAGAGCUGUCCCGGUCGGAGCAGCGCUCGCGACGGGCGUCGACAGAACAGCCACCGCGAGAACAAGCCUCGGAAGGCAACGGAUAUCUGGUUUCCUUUGCGGUGGAGAAGGUUCUCGAGGACCCAGAAAGAACUGAGGGUCAAGCCUCUGACCUGAGCCAAAGCCUCAACUCCCGCAUCUACAAGGUCCGUGUGGAGCCAGAGCUGGCCGAAGUCAAGUCUGUGACCACGAGCCCAGCGAACUCAGCAUUGACCAAUGGGAUGCAGACCGAGUCCCUGGAGGCGGAGCCACCGGCCAGUGACCUGUCGUGGCUGGACCCGGAGUUCGAUAAGUACUCAAAGUACCCCAUUGCGUCGCUGAAGAGACGGUCCGAGCUCCUCCCGCCGGACGUGAACAUACUCCGCAAAGAGGUGCAUCUGUCGAGGCAACAGUUUGUCGACACAUUCGGCAUAAAGUGGGAGGAGUUUGCCAAACUGCCCGGAUGGAAGCAGCAAACUUUGAAAAAGAAAGUUGGCCUCUUCUAAUGCAACAUCCUUCGGCGGUGGAACUUGUGACAUUGUUUCAUUUUAGAGCAUGAAAUGAGAUUUAUGUCAGUUCAUAAUUAAUUAUUCCAAGUGUUGAUAACUAUGAUGUAUAGCAAUAUCAUAAUUGUAAAAAAAAUCUAUGCUGUUAUUGCAUACAUGUACACUUUAGUUAUUUGUUCUUUAAUUAUUUGUAAUUGCAUUUGAGUUUAAAUUUAAAUAAUAAAUACAGAAUGAAAAUGGUAAAUGUAUGCCUAAACAUAAUUAUGCAUGUUUUAGUGUUUAUGAAAUGUUUAGUAACAUCCAUGUUAACUUCAAAGCUGCAGCUUACAAGUACCAAAAAUAUGAAAUGUUAUAAAUUUUUUCUGUGCAGUCUGAAUUGUUAUCAUGUACAUUAAUAGAAUCUCUUUUAUAGAUAGCAGAUGUAUGGAUGUGUCAUUAUACCCUAAAGCAAAAAUGUGUAACAAGUGUUAAUCUUAAUAAUUGUAUAUUUCAGUCUGCUGAAGUAAAAAAUAAAAAUAAAAUUGGA